GGGCACAUCUCUAACACCGCUAUCCCCUUCCUCCUACAUUCGGCUCUCCUCCGACUGCAGCUUCCGGUCUUCCAGAUUGCUGCCAAUGGCGCCACCGGUGCGGCCAUCCAAUGCCACGCUUCUCGCUCGGCUCGGGGAGGGCACGGCCAGGUUCGAGCUCCUCGAGGACCCCGCGCCUGCUCCGGUUUGGCCCCGCCUCCACGGCUUCGCCAGGAUUGGAUCCUCGCUGAGGGGCGGCUGGUCGGCGGCGCUGAACAAGGUGGAGCACUACGGGGUCCAGAGAGUCACCGGCGAUGGACGGUGCAUGUUUCGAGCCUUGGCUAAGGGAAUGGCAAAGACCAGGGGAAUUCCAUUGACCCCAAGGGAGGAGGUACAAGAUGCAGACGACUUACGGCUGGCAGUGAAAGAAGUUAUAUGUGACAACCAAACCGAGCGUCAAAAGUAUGAAGAGGCAAUUAUAGCCAUUACAGUGGAUGAAUCUUUGAAACGAUACUGCCAAAGGAUAAGGCGACCUGAUUUUUGGGGCGGAGAGUCAGAACUCUUGGUUUUGUCUAGACUGUGCCGGCAACCAAUCAUUAUUUACAUUCCGGAGCGUGAGUACCGCGGACGGGGCAACGGGUUUAUCCCAAUUGCCGAGUACGGGUUGGAGUUUACCAAAGACUCAAAAGAGGGGAAGAAACGGGUGCCGGUGAGGCUAUUAUACAGCGGGAAGAACCACUAUGAUCUGCUGAUAUAAAAUGGGCACAUGAGACACGUCCGGGCUAAGCAUCAGACAGAAUACCGGCAGCCACACCGCCCAUCCGUGGCACAUAUAUAAAUUCCCGUUUUCUUUCCAUGGUUACAUUCUUCGAUCCUGCUAAUUAAGCUCUUGUUCUUCGGUUA